UGUGUCUGGUGAUGGAGCCCAGAGGACAAGACUGGCAUAUGCCAGGGCAUCAGUACCAGUCUGGUGACAGAGAUGACCACUACAGAUCCUCCCACUAAACACCAUAUCACUACCCACCUACAGACCACAGAGAAAGACAGUGGCCCUAUAUGGAUCCUCGGUAUAGAAGCUACAUGGCCGGUCCUCCUCCUAAACAAGAAUACAUUCCUGGAUAUAGCAGCCAUCCUUUCUCUAGCCAAGGGUUUGCAUCAAACCAGCCAUUACAUUUCAGACCUCAUUCCAGGCAGGAAUAUGACUACUCUGCCCCCAGUUACUGGCCCUACAGAGAAGACUAUGGUUAUUACAACUAUCAUGGAUAUCACAGAGCACAAUACAGCUCCCCGGAUGGUGGUGGGUGGAGCAACGCAGAUGGCUGGAGAACUGAGGGGUAUCAGGUCAGAGUACUGCAGCAGGAGUUUCCAAGAGCUGCAUAUCCUGAUCAGACAGGCUACAGCCUUGGAACGGUCAGUGGUAAAUAUGAUCAUGGGGUAUCAGAGAGACAGCACAGAGAAAGUAUGGAAAAUGGAGAUGGAAUGGGAGAGGUGAAUGAUAAUGGAGCUCUUGCCAACUCUAAAACCUCAGGUCUGUCCUCCAGCAGCUAUGAGCUCAGACAGUACAUCAAUGAAGCUGAUCAGAGUGAACCUGAGCCUAUAUCUAACACAGAUUUAGAUGCUGCAGUGGAAGCCCCACUAAAGUUCUGCAUCCCCCAUGUGGCAGUGAGCUUUGGGCCUGCAGGUCAGCUGGUAUGGGUCAGUCCUGCCCUUGCCUCUGAGGGUGAGCCUGCUCAAGUGGAACUCCACAGCUUAGAGGUAAUUAUGUGUGACACAGAGGAACAGCAGGAUAUGAGAGACUUUCCUGGGCCACUGGUCAGCGAGGAUUUGCAUAAGGUGGAUGCCAUUAACUUUGCACUUCAAAUGUCUGAGAAAUGUCUGAAGGACGAGAAGUUAGAAGAUGCAACCUCUGCUGCCCUCUUAUGGCAUCUACUAAUACUGCUGUGCAGACAGAAUGGAAGAAUUGUGGGUUCAGAUGUAGCAGAAGUGCUGAUGAGGGACACCAGUUCUUUGGGUGUGUGUGAGGUCUCUGUUGAACCUGCCAAUGAAGCAAGCCUCAUCGAUCUGAGUGAAACUCCCAAACCGGAAACAGAGACCAUUAACAUUGCAGACCUUCUGACUGGAUACCCCCCAACUGACAAAGAGAGCGAAGAGCAAAACCUUGAGAAAUAUACCAAACUAUUGCUGUCUGGCAGGAAAAAGGAGGCACUGGAGUCAGCCAUGCAUAGUGGUCUUUGGGGUCAUGCCUUAUUUCUGGCCAGCAAAAUGGACAGCAGAUCCUACAACACAGUGCUAAGCAGAUUUACAGGCAGCCUGGCUCCCAGUGACCCUCUGCAAACUCUUUUCCAGCUGCUCUCAGAAAGAAUCCCAGCUGUUUCCAUGUGCUGGAGUAAUGAGAAGUUGGGAGACUGGAGACCACACUUGGCUGUUAUGCUGUCCAAUGAAACAGGAGACUCAAUCAUACAUCACAAAUCCAUCAUCACCAUGGGCGAUACCCUAGCCUUCAGGGGACUGCUCUAUGUCUCCCAUAUCUGCUACCUCACAGCACAUUCUGCCUUUGGCUGGUACAAAAACAGAUCAGAACGCCUAGUGCUUCUGGGCGGCAAGCACAGUCUUCCGUUUUCCAAGUUCUGUCAGAACUCCGCCAUUCGCUGUACUGAACUGUUUGAGUACUGUGAGAGGCUUGGAAAUGCUGAAUUUAUCAUCCCUGCUUUUCAGGUGUAUAAAUUCCUUUAUGCAUGUCGGCUGCUGGACUGUGGUCUCGUGUCUCAGGCCUUUCACUACUGUGAGGUGGUGGCAAAAGCACUGCUCAGGAUAGAGGAACCCCACAUGGUGCUGCUGGGAUAGCAUAUCAAAUUAGUGGACAGACUGAAGUUGUCUGAGGCACAGCUCAGUGACACAGGUUUCAAUCAGCCUUUCCUGGACCAUGAUUGGCUGGUGCAGCUUCACUGCAAAUAUCAGGCCAUGCAGAUGGGGAACUAUGACUGUAGUAGGACAUACCAGUCACCAGUUGUGGAGAGUACUUGGGCUCAUGAGGACAGCAACGAGUGUUCAGAUUCCCUGAUAAAGGCUGUUAACCAUGAAGGCACUGAAGAUGAAUUCUCAUAUUCAUCUCAGCCUAUGAUACCUCACAAUGAUGCCGGGUAUCAGGAGUCCUAGUCCCCAGUGAUGAGUUGUCUGCCAACACUGUCACGGGUGUUCCUGAAAACAACAACAUACUUGGGAGUGUUGAUCACUCUGGGACAAUGCCAAGUGAGGACAACAAGAGAGAGACCUACACUCAGUCAGCAAAG